GGCGGCGGUGUGGGCUGCAUCUGCGAGACCACAACCGGCGGCUGGGAGGUGCUCAGGACACAGCGAACGCCGACGGCCUGGGGUCAUCCACAUGAUGACGGUGACUAUGCAGCUUCUAGUGUUGCUAUGCGCACUAGGCCUUAUGUUCGGCACAGCAACAGCCGCAGGGGAUUCUAUCGUGUCGACCAAGUCGGGAGAUGUCCGAGGCGUUGGGAUGAAGUCCUUCCUUGGGGAGGAGUAUUUCUCCUUCAAAGGCAUUCCGUACGCCGAGCCUCCGCUGGGGCCGAUGCGGUUCCGGGCGCCACAGCCUCACCCGGGCUGGACGGGGGUCCGUGACGCCAAGGACCACGGCGACGUGUGUCUGCAGUACGACAUGUUCGCCGGUGGUGUGAUGGCCGGCUCUGAGGACUGCUUGUUUGUGAACGUGUACACACCAAGCCUACCCACCUCGGACAAGCAUCCAGACCUGCCGGUAAUGGUGUGGAUCCAUGGCGGGGGUUUCAUCAAUGGCUACGGAGACGCUGAAUUUUACGGCCCGGACUAUUUCAUGGACGAGCAGGUGGUGCUGGUGACCUUAAACUAUCGUCUUGGGCCGUUCGGCUUCCUAACCACGGCCGACGCUCACGCCCCCGGUAACUACGGCCUGCAUGACCAGGUGCUUGCCCUUGAGUGGGUGCAGGCCAACAUCGAGGCGUUCGGCGGCAAUCGCGACGACGUCACCAUCUUCGGCGAGUCGGCCGGCGGCGCCAGCGUAGGCCUGCAGGUGCUGAGCCCGCGCUCGCGGGGCCUCUUCGCCAAGGCCAUCAGUCAGUCAGGAGCGUCGUUCUGCAGUUUUGGCGCCAGCGGAGAACCUCAGGGACAGAUGGCGCGAGAGCAUGCUGAGGUGCUGAACUGCGACACCACCAGCAGCCUCGCUGUGGUAGACUGCCUCCGCCAGAAGCCCGCCGAGGAGGUCCUGUCGGCCAUGUCAAAAUUCACUCAGGAUGCGCUGAUGGGAAUGGCUAUUCUCUACAAGCCACGUGUGGAUGCUGAGUCGCCGUCGCCGUUUUUACCCGAAAACCCGUACGUGGUUCUGAAAGAGGGACGCUUCAGCAGGGUGCCCUGGAUGAAUGGGCUGAACAGCGAGGAGGGGGCGCUUACCGUCGCCUUGCAUGCCGGGGCCAAGAAGGCCCCGCCGUACCAAAGUCGCGACUGGAAUGUCUGGGCUAAGGAACUGCUGGAGAUCACCAAGGUGACGGCAGACCCGGCUGCAGUGGCGCAGCGCAUCUACAAGUACUACUUCGGCGAUGACGCCGUCACCGACGCUAACCGGAACCUGUUGGCAGACAUGUUGUCAGACAGAAUGUUUGCCAGUUGUGUACUGAGCGAGGUGGACCUGGCCUCGGCUCACACCGAUGUGUACAGCUACGUGCUUGACCACAAGGGGGUGGGGAGGCAGAGCUUCACCGAAAUCAUGACUAAAGUCAUGGGGAUGGAGGACAGCAAGGAUCUGGGCGUGGCACACGCGGAUGACCUGCUCUACCUCUUCAAGCCAGAGUUCGUAGCACCCAUAACACCGGACUCAGACGAGUACAAGAUAAUUCGACUCAUGGUGUCGCUGUGGACCAACUUCGCGCGUCGAGGAUACCCGAGCACUGACGUGGUGCCCAUGCCCAGCUGGCCGGUCUAUACGGCCAGCCGUCAGGAACACAUGCGACUCAACCUAGCGCCGUCUGUAGGCCGCGCCGCCUUCAGUGUGCGGAUGCAGUUCUGGCAGCAGCUCGACAUCCAGGAGAAUUGGCGCCAGCCCCAGAUGGGACAGCGCAGGGAUGAGCUUUGAGCGACGCUAUCUAACAAUGCUGAGCUUUCGGAAGCGAUAUUGACGUGCACGGAAUGCUUGAAAAGCCUUAACAAUAUCGGCCAAAGCCUCGUUGGAGCGGUGGUGUCGUUCGUCGGGAAUUUUGCAUUUCCGAUGAUGGCUGAGCAGACACAACAUAAAUAUGCAUGACAUGAAUCAGACACUGUUAGUGGUUUAGUGGUUAGUUGUUUCAAUGUUUCAAAUGCACCAUUUCUCCGCAUUUUCUCUGGAUUAGCUCGGUGCUUGUGGCAUUGAGCAAUAUCUCCUCAGAAUCGUAUAAUUAUGAUGUUAUGCUUGCCACUUUACAAAUAAAACUGCGAGUUUAAAUUCUUCUUUCGAGCAUGCGCCAACAGAUUUCGUCCCGCUAGCUAGAAAUCCUUUGUGGCAUUGGGCGGAGAGUUGAAAGUUUGACCACAGAAAGACCACACAGAAGUGAAAGAAUCCAUUCAUGAAAGCUGGACCGGAGGUUGUCAGCGGAAGAUGUUCCGGUCAACAAAAACAUACAUUCUGAUUUGGCAUGCAAUUAAUCUCAUAGACGACAUGCUCUCAUUUCCCAAAUCUUAGGUUGCUUUUUAGUGAUCUUAGGAACAUGAACAAGUCCGGUAAUCAAUCAUU